AUGACCACUACUAUCAACAUCGACGAAACGGACUUUGUCACCGCCGACGCGCAGCGCAAAACUCUCCGUUUCUCCGACGAAAAGCAACAGGCCCGCUUCGAGCUUGGGGUGUGCAUGGCCAUCUACAGAUGGGACUCGCUCGCCAUUGCUGUGCAAAAUUCGUGGGGCGGCGCCGACUCAGCCGAAAAGCGUGACUGGCUCGCGGGUAUCGUGGCCGAGCUUUUCGAUGGACAGACCGUGGACGUGGGUUCCAUCGAGGAGACCCUUUUGUACGGGAUGUUGGACGAGUUUGAUACGAAUGUCGACGACGACUCGGCGUUGCCUAUCGCCGCUUUGAUCUUGCAGAUCUACAGAGAGUGCGAAGUGCAGAACUAUGCCACCGUCGAGGAUCUUUAUAAGAAGUGGGAGGAGAGAGAAAAAUCGGGGAAAAACAAGCAGCAGGUGCAUGUGCACAUCGAAGAAGACCCAAACAACCCAGACGAGUCAGACGAAUCGGACGAGGAAGAGCACGAACAUAAAGAGGAGAUGAUGGAUGUCGAUGACGAGCCAAAGGGUCCAAUCGUGGACGACGACGGUUUCGAGUUGGUUCAGCCAAAAGGCAAGGGCAGAAGACGCUAG